AUGAAGUCCAUCGCUCUGAUCCUCUCUCUGGCCGGCAUGUCCAUGGCAUCCGUUUGCGGCAGCCUGAACGUCACCUCGCAGGCCGACUUUGACGCUCAAGCAGCCGACUGCACUAUCGUCAACGGAGACCUCGAGAUCGCCUCCAGCUUCUCUGACGAUUACGCCGACAGCCACAAGAUCACCGUCAUCACGGGGAGCUUGAUUGCGAGAAACCUCUCGCUCAUGUCGGUCUUUAUUCCGGCGCUGACCACCAUCGGGGGUGAUUUUGAAUUGACCGGGACCUUUUAUGACCCCUCGUUUCCCUCGCUGAUGAACAUCCGUGGGGACUUUAUGAUCGCGUCGGAACAGGGGAUUUACUGCUCCAAUUUUGACAACUUGAGGAACAGUGAGGGUCUACAAGGGAAGUUUGAGUGUGUGGGGGAUAUUGAGGAGCAGUAG